CUUCUGUCCAAUUAAAUAGGCAUACGGUAAAUUAUCUCAGAAGUACUGAAGCUAAUUGCAUUGUCUUCAGAAAAUUAGACUCUGCCGUUUGCUGAAGUAAACUAUCGGCCUUAAUUUUCUUUUACGUGAAACCUUCAAAACUGGCAACCCAGGGCUCGCCUGACAGGCUACUGCGGCUCAUGGUGCUAGAGCUUCAAACACCAGACUCCCUGCAUGAAGUGAGACUCAGCUCCUACCAGCAGGGGGCAGAAGGGAUCAGGCGUCUUUCCACUGUGACCUUGCCCUGUAGCAUACCCUGCAGUGAGAGGGUCAGGCAGCCACUUCCUAUCCUGUGGACAACAACAACAACACGCCGACACAUGCACACAACAUAACAUUCUCUCAAUCUGUGUCACACCUUUAAGAACCUGAGCUGAAAACAAAGCAGCAGCUGCACAAGAGGAGUGGAACAGAAAUCAGCUUAUUCCAGUAGAGAAGGCAGCAGUGAGGAGUGGGGAGUCAGAAUUCUUCAUUCACACAGAGACGAAAUACACAUUUCUCACCGCCUCCUUUUUCAGUGGAAACAGGAAGCAUAAACCAGCUGACAGAAACAUACUGUAACUGUUAGAGUGACUAGCAUUGAAAGGAAAGGAGGCGUUAAAGACCGUAUAGUCAAGUGCAAAGAGGACAAAGCUGUGGACAGUGAUGGAGACUUUGGUGUGUCCAAUGGGUGGAGGGGUCACCAGGCUGUACAGCAACCUGACUCCAACACUCAGCAGCAUGUCACCUCUCCCGCUCCAGCCGGUGGAGGACAAACUGGAUCCAGUGUUCUGCCAGGCGCAGAAGGGCUCCCCUUUAUGCCCCCCCGAUCCAGCAGAGCUGCUUCAACAAUGUGAGGAGGCCCUAAGAGACAGACCACCUCGCUUCCAUAGAAAGUUCACCGAGCUCAGUGAUGGGGACGGCUCCACCAGUAGCCCCAUUAGGGUGAUGCAGUGGAACAUACUAGCCCAAGCUCUCGGCGAGGGACUCGACAGUUUUGUCCAAUGUCCCAUGGAGGCCAUCAGCUGGUCCCGCAGGAAGUACCUCAUAUUAGAGGAGAUCCUCACCUACCGACCUCAUAUCCUGUGUCUGCAGGAAGUUGACCACUACUAUGACACCUUCCAGCCCAUCCUGGCAGGCCUGGGUUACAGCAGCAACUUUUGCCCUAAGCCCUGGUCACCGUGUCUGGGUGUGGAGGGUAACAACGGGCCCGACGGCUGUGCGCUCUUCUACGAUCAGUCGCGGUUUGAAUUCCUGGACAGCAUGAACAUGCGGCUUUCUGCCAUGAGGAUUCCAACAAAUCAGGUUGCCGUGGUGACCAUGCUACGUUGUCGGAGCACAGGGAGAUGUCUUUGUGUGGCCGUGACUCACCUGAAGGCUCGCUCAGGCUGGGAGUGGUUCCGCAGCGCGCAGGGCUCCGACCUCUUACGAAACCUCCAGAACCUGGUCCAGAAACACCCCACCGGGCUAACGGGUGACCCCGGUGCUACAUACAUUCCUCUGCUCAUAUGUGGCGAUUUCAAUGCGAUCCCAACCGAGGAGGUGUACCAACGUUUUGCCGGGUCACCUCUUGGUUUGGAGUCGGCCUAUAAGAAACUCAGCCAGGACGGAUUGACUGAGCCGGAGUACACGACGUGGAAGAUCAGGCCCACGGGGGAAUGCUGCAGCACUCUGGAUUACAUCUGGUACAGUCAGGACUCUCUGAGGGUGGACGCAGUGUUGCACAUGCCCACUGAGGAACAGAUUGGACCAAACAGGCUCCCGUCCUUUAGCUAUCCCUCUGACCAUCUCUCUCUGGUGUGUGACUUGAGCUUCAAAGAGAACGAGUGAGGAGGAAAUGAUGAACUAGGAAGUCGGGAGGGAAGGAGGUGGUGUAGAGAGAGUUCAGACUGGAUCAUGGUGAAGGUGUGCAGCAGAGGAUGAAGACAGGACUCAGAGGUUUCACACUGCCAAGUAAACUUCACAAUGACUGACAAUAAAGUGUUGUUGCUGUAUGUGUGAUGUUUAUAUUUUACAACUGCUGCUUUUUACAGAAUAUUAUUAUUAAGAUUUACUAACUCCCCUUUCCCUGGCUGGAAUUAAAGAAUCUAUUCACUACA